UGGGGAGUUCUGGAUCCUCAGUGCCGCGGAAAGCUGGGAGUCUGGCACUAGCCGGAGCGCCUACUCGCUUACCACGCCUCGUUCAUCUCAGAAGAAAAAAAAUGGAAGGCCUGCCUAAUGCUGCUGCUUUUGCAACUAGACUUAAGAACAUUCUCAUACAGUAUCAUAGCAUUGAAGAUGAUAAGUGGCGAGUUGCCAAGAAAACGAAAGAUGUAACAAUUUGGAGAAAACCUUCAGAAGAAUUUAAUGGAUACCUUUUCAAAGCGCAAGGUGUUAUAGAUGACAGCGUCAAUAGUGUUAUAGACCAUAUACGCCCAGGUCCCUGUCGCUUGGAUUGGGAUAGCUUAAUGACUUCAAUGGAUAUUUUGGAACACUUCGAGGAGAAUUGCUGUGUGAUGCGUUACACUACCGCUGGUCAGCUUUGGAAUAUAAUUUCCCCAAGAGAGUUUGUUGAUUUCUCCUACACUGUGGGCUAUGAAGAAGGGCUUUUGUCCUGUGGGCUAAGUGUUGACUGGAAUGAAAAGAGACCAGAAUUUAUUCGUGGCUAUAACCAUCCCUGUGGUUGGUUUUGUGUUCCGCUUAAAGACAGUCCAUACCAGAGUCUUUUGACCGGCUACAUUCAGACGGAUCUGCGCGGGAUGAUUCCUCAGUCUGCGGUAGAUACAGCCAUGGCCAGCACUUUAAUCAACUUCUAUGGUGAUUUACAAAAAGCCCUACAAAAGGCAUAAUACCUUUAAACUUGUAGUACGAUAGUCCCCCCGAAUCAACUUUUUCUCUCAGCUUCAUGGCCUGUGAAAAUCAUCCUUUCCUUUCUUCUAUGUAGCCUGUAGGAAAAUUAGGCGGUGAUUUGCAUGGUGUUUGAUACAGCAGUGUGUCUAAGCAUGGAGAGUCUGACAGACGUCCAUGUGGAAGUAGUAUACUUCUUUGACCUGAACUCUUAAGAAACUGAAUAUUGCCUCAGUAUGAAUAUUUUGGCUACUUGGAAAUUAGAGAAAGCACAAGCUUCAUGCUGUUAGUUAAAAAUCAUCUGUUUUAGAGAUUUAUGAACAUUUUCUAAGUUUUAACUAUUUUUGGAAGUUAUAUAUUAGUGCUUUACUUUUGGUAUGCUCUGUGAGUUUGCCAAUAUCUUGGACUACAAAAAGGUUCUUUAUAUUUUAUAAAGGUGAGCUUCAUUGUCAGGUGACUUGUACUACUUUAAGUAUUAAAAAAAUAAGAAGAAAAAGAAUAGAUACAGUAAGAAUAGAUACAAUUCAAAUAUAAUUGUUUUGAUACCUAGACAACAUUAUUUUGUGGAUAUCUUUAAAAAUGUAUUUGUAUCUUUCUGUGCGUUUAUUUUGGAAGGUCUAAAAAGCAUUUAUGCAUGAAUAAAAUGUACAAAAAACAUAUGUGCUGGGGACACCACAGUGAUUGGAUUGUGUGAACUGGCUGGUGGUAUCCUAUAUUCACCAACAGCAAAUUGUCUAGAAAGCAAAUUCAAUGAGAGUUUUGUUCACGUUUCAGUUUGUUGUUUUUUUUUUUUUAAGAUAAGCCCUUA